ACCAGCGCACUGCUUGAUUCAGGCGCUAACGGCAUCUUCAUAGAUCAGGUCUGGGCGGAGCCAAUUGGACUCCCCCUUACAAAAUUAGAUGUAUCUAUUCCCGUCUAUAACAUUGAUGGUACGCUUAACGUGGGUGGCUGCAUUACGCACAAAUGUUCUUUUGUUGUUGAAGAACGAGUCAUCGCCGAAGCUACCCAACUAGGGAAGAUUAAUUUAAUCUCAGGCUGGACCUGGCUAUUUAAACACAAUCCCAAGAUCAACUGGCAGACAGGG